AUGGGGGCCUCGUUCUCGCGCUAUUUGUGCCUCGCUGUCGGCGUCGCGUACCCUGCGUACGCGAGUUUCAAAGCUCUUGAACGACCUCACACCGGUCACGACUCGAAGCAGUGGCUCACGUACUGGAUCGUGUACGGCGCCACGACAUCUGUAGAGACAGUCGCGUCGCCUCUUGUGUGCUUGGUGCCCGGCUAUAACAUGACGAAGACGCUGUUCCUCAUCUGGAUGAUGUCCCGGCAGACUCAUGGAGCAACGAUCGUCUACGACAAGCUCCUGUGUCCUUUUCUGAAGCAGAAAGAGCCAUUUGUGGAUCGCAAGCUGGAAGAAGCGCAAGAAGCUGCAGAAGGCGCUCUGUCUUCGUUUGUACGAGCUUGGGGUCAGACUAUCACUGACCAAGUCGUGGCUAUUCAGAAAAGUGACGAGUUCAAGCAAAUUUGCUCGGCGAUCAAAGCGCUGGCGUCACCGGACUCGAUGGAGGGCAGGAGGAAGGAGAAGAGCAUUGAUUGA